CUUUGUCUUGUGCUCGGUCUUGGCGUCGCGGCGCCAAACCGGGCGCGAAUCGCUGCCCCUGAGCACUCGCGAGGCUGCACGGGCUGCCCUUGCGACGCCCAGUCGCCGCGGCGCAGCAGCAGCAAUGGCGGACGCCACCUACGGCGCGUCCACGCCCACAGAGACCGAGGUCGUGGACGAUGAGCGCACGACGCUGAUCCAGAAGAGGCGGCCGCGGAGACUGCGACGGUCCGUCGCCGCCGCCGCAGCAUUAAUACUGUGCGGCACCGCCGUCAAAGUAAAACGCGGUUCGAUACGCGAGUACCGAUUAGGAUCGGACGUCGGCGAGCUGGGCGAGUACCCCACGGCGACCUGGGAGGCUGUGAAUAACGACAGUGUGGAAAAGGUUUAUGAUUUGGAGGAGCACAUCCUAGUCACGACGGAAGUGAACAACGCCUACGUCUUCUACAAGGAACUGCUGUUCGGGAGGUUAGGUAGAGCGACGGGGACCCUGGAUCCCUCGAAAGGCGUCCGGGUCAAGUCGCACGCCUACGCGACGAGCGCCUGGAACACAUUUCAAUCAAACUUGGAUGAUAAGCUUGUGAAAGCCAACUCCAUCGUUUGGGUCUCGGUGGUCAACACAAUGGAUACAUUAGUUGCCGGCGGCAUGCAGAAGGAGCUGAAUGCGAUGGGUGUGGCGGAUGAGGUGAUCUACUGGGGCUGCAAUUCCGGUGAGACUUGUGACGGGAGCGAUGGGGAAUUGCUCGUAGGCGAGUGCGUCUAUACGUAUGGCGACGACGUUUUGUUGCACAACACGUUAUUGAGGACGUUGCUGUCUUAUGAGUUACCUCUUACCAUAGUGCUAGCUUCCGACUUGGACUGCAAGACGCGAUUGCCAGUAACCCACCACAAGAUCAUAUACGCCGGGGACUCUUCUCAAGCACAGUUCGACGAAUACGUGUCAAGGGGCGGCGACGCGGCCUGGUUCCCCUUCGGCUACGAGGGGGUUGUGACGGACGACGAGGUCGAUGAGCUGGUCGAGAACGUUGAGGCGUCCCUGAAAGCCGAGAAGGACACGUUACUAUCCUACUCGGGCUCGGUGAUAUACCGGAAGCCGUCGCGCGUCCGGUUGGGGGAGUGGGCCAUUUCGGGAGGCAUCGAGGAGAUGGAGCAAUUGGCGGCUCGGUCCGGUCUCAAACUGGACGUCGAGUCCUACGGCAUGUACGGCAUGGAUAUAGUGCAUCCCGAGGGGCCCGAGGUCGAGUGGACGGCCGGCGUUUCGGAUCCGGAUUCGGAUACGCUCCAGGGGCGGUCGUAUUAUGUCCUCGCGCCGGCGGGCGACGUCUGGACGUCGGGCCGCAUGCUGGAAGCAUUAACCUUCGGCGCGAUCCCCGUCGUUGACCAGACUUAUAAGACCGACGGGGGAUUGAGCGCCAAGGGCUGCGAGGACCCGGCCCUGCAUUGGCACGAGGUCGCCGCCGACACGUUUGUCUUUGUGGACGACUGGCCCAAGCUUCCCGAGACGCUCGUGGCGAACGACGCUCUGGACGUCGAGAAACGUGCAGCUAGAGUAGCAAGGUUGCACGGCGUCCUCCGCCGCGUCGCGGACGACGCGCGCGACGCGAUCCUGACGCCGCCGAAGAACGCGAAGACGGUCUGCGAGACCGUCCCCCUCUUCGACGACGAGCUCCAGCAGCUCGUGCAGCAGGCCUACGACUACUACACGCAGCCCGCGCCCGAGGGCGCGCCGUUUGGCGGCAUGCCCUGGUUCGACGCGUUCGUGGAGAACCCGUCGCUGCCGACGAACACGUGCGGGGCGAAGGAUCUCUCGGCGUCGAACGGCGCGAAGUGUUUCGACGAGGCGUGCGCGCUGCCGAGCGCCGCAUCAUUUGACUGCAAGGCUGUGGAUACAACUGUGUAAUAU